CGCUCACAGAUGAGGUUGCGGCGCUAGGUGUCACCACCAUGGCAGCUCCCUGGAAGAGCGCGCUCCUGAUACUGCUAGCGUCUCAAGCUGUGUCCUUGGUGAAUGCCUCUGACGAGGAGGAAGUUCCAGAAGAAUGGAUACUUCUGCAUGUUGUUCAGGGUCAGAUAGGAGCCGGGAAUUACAGCUAUCUGCGGUUAAAUCAUGAGGGAAAGAUAGUUCUUAAGAUGCAGAGCUUAAAGGGCGAUGCAGACCUGUACGUGUCUGACAGCACCCUCCACCCGAGUUUUGAUGACUAUGAACUGCAGUCUGUUACCUGUGGCCAGGACGUCGUUUUUAUUCCAGCGCAUUUCCAGCGCCCUGUGGGGAUAGGGAUUUACGGACACCCAUCUCACCACGAGAGCGAAUUUGAAAUGAAAGUCUACUAUGACCGAACCAUCGAACAGUACCCAUUUGGUGAGACGGCGUAUUCGGAUGGCACAGAUACGAGUCAUAAGCACGCUUAUGCUCCAGAAGAUGCAUCUCAAGAAGAGGAAUCCGUUCUCUGGACAAUAUUAAUUAGUAUUUUGAAGCUGGUACUUGAAAUUCUUUUUUGAUUUCACUGAACAUACUGUGGAGUAUAAUACCCUUAAUCUGUGAAGUUGACUGCAGUUU